AUGCAGUUUAAGGUCCUCGCCCUCGUUCCCGCCCUUGUGGCGACUGCUGCUGCCACCAUCGACGUUGCGUUCAGCGGCUACUACCUUGCCGACUGCGUGGCCCCGAGCAUUGAGUCCGCCAACGUGAUCUCGGGUGGUUGUGGACCUGCCCAGGGUCUGCCAGUGAAGUCUUUCUCGGCGCAUGUCUACUCCGGGAGCUGUGAUGACAGCACCACCUCGCCCGUCUUGAAAGUUUACACCGCCACGGGAUGUACCGAAGAGUCCUUGUAUGGAGAGUAUGAAGUCAACAGCACCACCCAGUGCUUUGAAGUGGAUGCGACGUUCUUGAGUACCCCUGAUCUGCAUGAAGAUUACUUCAUUACCUCGUUGUCAACACCAUCUUCUGGGGGUCUCCUGCUCAUCAGGUCCUCCUUAUGCUUCAGCGGUGUCUCUGUGAACAUGUCCCCGAAAUCCGCUUCCCGUUGCAGUGGGGAUGCUGCUGCAGGAAGCGGCCUGCCCCUGAGGUCCCGACUGGGAAUCCGUCGAGUCAAAUGUGGACAAGAGAAGCCCAACUGUGUCCGCUGCAGCAGCACGGGUCGCAAGUGCGAGUACGUCAAGGCUGUGGCCGGCACUUUCUCGUCCGCCUCGCCCCCUUCCACCACAGCCCUCGACCAUCCCCUGGCGUUUGCCCCCAACACCGUCUGGAGAGAACGUCGGGCUUUUGCCUACUACUUCGAGCGCGUGGCUCUGUUUGUCGGGGGUGAUCUAGAUGUCGAAUUCUGGGGGACUUUUGUGCCUCAGCUGUGUCAGGGAGAGCCGGCCGUGUGGGAUGCCAUCAUCUCGAUCAGUGCCCUGUUUGAGACGCACGAGCGACCGACAAGUCUGGUUUCAGUACAGCCCGUUGACCAACCGCAAGGGGAUGCCUUGGCCUGGUACUCGCGCUCCGUCUCGGCUAUUCGCCAGCGCAUUGAGCGCGGCCAAAUCGAUAUCUUCGUCGGACUGAUUACGUGCGUGCUCUUCAUUUGCAUUGAGACCCUGCAAGGCCGCGAAAAAGAAGCCUUACAGCUGUUUGCGCAAGGGUUACAGCUCAUUCAGGCUCUGCGCGCCCAAGUCUCGUCUGGCAUGAUUCCACCCUCCAAGGCAGUCUUACUGGAGGAUGUGCUUGUCCCAAUAUUCAUCCGACUCGGGGUGAUCGCUUUUAGUGAUUCGGCCAGUCGGAUGGGCUGUCUGUUGAGGGCUCGUACCCCAGUAUGGUCGGCUGCAUUCGCAUCCCUGAGAUGCGCUCGCGAAGCUCUCACCAAUUUAGGCGCAGAGACCAUGCUCUUCGAGCGUCAGUGCCUGGCCGAGUUAUCGCAGGUGGAUUGCUUUCAUGUCAGCGAAAGGUUGCUUCACACGCAAGCGAUAUUUUUCGAGCGCCUGCAAGAAUGGGACGCCGCUUUCAAGAGGCUUCUGGAUUCGCUCCAUGACAAAGGGCCACUCUCCCAGCAUCAGGUGGUCAACAGCGCGCUGCUCAUCGCCUACCACAAGACCACUAUCAUUCUAGCGACCAUUUGCGUAUCCUCCCUACAAACCAUGGCGGACCACUGCCUGGAGGACUUCCAGAUCAUCAUCGACCAAUGUGGUCUUGCUCUCGACGCGUCCCGGCGAUCUGACGGCACACAGCCACCAUUCACAUUUGAUCUUGGUGUUGGACUGCCCCUUUGGUUCACGAGCCUCCGAUGCCGUGAGCCGCGCAUUCGACGCGCCGCAGUCGAGUUACUUCGUCGAGCGCCACCGGUGAUGGGGUUCUACCGUUCUACGGCGGCUGUCAGCUUUGCCGAAAACAUUAUUAUGCUAGAAGAAGGAAAUGCGAUGGCAUUGAGACCGGCACGAGGGACUCGAUCUGCCCAAGAACUGGCCUGGGAGGAGGAUCCCGAGGGUCGCAUGCAUGGCAAUAGGUUGCAGCUGGAACAGGGUAAGCUCGUGGCUACUUCGGAAAAUGAUGCUCAGCUGGCGCUGGCGGACAUCCCAGAAGAAGCGCGGAUUGGACCAAUCAAUGUUGUGCGACAGGAUGACAGCUCAUCACCACGAACCAUGCAAGAGGGGGUCAUAAAUCCGGAUUCCAGUAACGAAGUGACGGGGAUGCGGUUUAUGCGGAAUCAGCGAGAUCCGGUGCAGAAUACAUGGCAGAGGGUGCAUGAAUACCUGCCUUUGUGACUGAGGGCAACGGGGGAUAGGCAGAGCAACACAAGAAAUUCUCGAGGGGAAACACGAAGAUCAACAGCUUGUUAUCACAGUAAUCCCUUGUAAUGGAACAACAGAG